AUGGAUCUAAGGUCGAGCCCUCUUCAGUUCCAACACUUCUACGUCUCUUUCCCGCACGAGCGGAUUCUCCAAGUCACACUAAACCGCCCAGAAAAGCUUAACUGCAUCAACAAGACGACAAGCGAUGAGAUAAAGGAAAUCUGGGAGCUUUUCGACCACGACGAAAGCUUAUGGGUCGGCAUCAUCACCGGCGUAGGCAGGGCCUUCUGCACUGGGGCCGAUCUCCACGAGUGGAACGACAUGAACAAAGCCGGCGUGGUCAACGACAUGGCGGCGCCCGGUCUGGCCGGGCUGCCCCGCCGCAGCGGCAAGAAGCCCAUCAUCGCCGCCGUCAACGGCAUCACCAUGGGCGGCGGCUUCGAGAUGGUGGCGAACUGCGACCUCGUGGUAGCGGUGGCGUCGGCCGUGUUUUCGCUGCCCGAGGCGAAGCGAGGCAUCGUUCCAGUAGCGGGCUGCCUGCCGCGGCUCACGCGGACGCUGGGCCUGCAGCGCACGUCGGAGCUGGUGCUGACGGGCAGGAAAGUCGACGCCAGGACGCUGCACCGGUGGGGGCUGGUGAACCGGUUGGUGGAUGAUGGUGGAGACGUGCUUGAGGCGGCGCUGCAGCUGGCGCGGGACAUGUGCGCGAAUAGUCCGGAUGCGCUGAUUGUGGGACGCCUGGGGAUUCGGUUAAGUUGGGAGGCUGGCGGUGUGGAAGAUGCUGUGUCGGUUCUGGAAGGUCAGUGGUACCCGAGGCUGGUCGAGGGUGCCAAUUUCGCCGAGGGCAUCAAGGCCUUUGUGGAGAAGCGGCCGCCGCAAUGGAUCAAUUCGAAGUUGUAG